AUGAAGAAAAACCUUUCAGCUCAUUCAAUAAUUAAUGGAUUGCUUUCUUCAAAACCUGAAAACAUUUUAGAGACUAUACAAAUUUUGGGUCAAAUUGAUGCGAAUGGUACUCCAUCUAAUUUACUUGAUUAUUUAAAAGUAUCACCAUUAUGUUUGGAGCUUCUUCAGGUCUGGUCGAGGUAUGUGGUUGAAAGUAUUUCAGUCAAGAAAAAUAAAAACUUUAUUCAAAAUGGAGAGUCUAACGAAAGAAAGAUAGUAAUAGCAGCUUUAAAUUGUAUUUCAGAAAUUAUUGAGUAUUAUAUUUUAGUUUACAGAAUAAGAAAAACAGAGAUGAAUCAAUUCAAUGAAUUUAAGGAAAACAUAGAAAAGCUUGGUAUGUUAAUUAUUUCCAAAUAUAAAAUGAAUAUAUAUCGUCAUUUAAAUUCAACUUCUAAGGUAUUAAUAUCAUCAUCACUAAGGUUACUAGCAUCAAUUUCAGGUCUAAGUAAAUCUCAUAAACAAGAGAUUUUGCAUGAAUUUAAUUUUAGUUUACCAUCAUUUAUUUCAAUAAGUAAAUUCUUUGAAUACAAAAAGAGAGAAAGGACAGAAUUUGAGGAUUUUACAAUUAAUCCAGAAAAAAAUGAUAUCUUUAUCAUUUUGUUUCAGAAAAGAUCAGAAAUUGGAGUUAGAAUUCAGUAUUUAAGAUUUUUAUUAUCAUUUUUGGAUCUUUUAUCCUUUAACUCAUCGAAACAGUUUGAUUCGAAUAUUAAUGAAAAAGAUAUUAUUGAAUUUUUGAAGAUUCGUAAUAUAAGCAAUACCAUAUUUAAGAACUCUAUUCAGUAUGAUAGUUUAAACAUUUCCAAAAACUUAUUAUUUGCUUUUGAGCAUUUAAUUUUGGAAAAUGAUGAUAUUCCUAAUACUUUAAAAGGGUCAUUUUUUAACUUAACAGUGAUUAAUUAUAUAUUUACUAAUUUGGUUGAUAUGCUUUCUCAAAUUGAUUUUAAACAACAAUUGGAAGCUACUGAUCAUGAUUUAGAAAGAUAUGCCAGAAUUAUUGAAAGACUUUUAAGAUUACAUAUUAAUGUUAGAACCAAAGAAAGUGUUAGGUUGAUAUUUGUUUGGUUUAAGAGUAUUAAUAGACAAGUUAAAUAUCCAAUUGUACAGAAGUUGUUGAUAAGUAUAUACUCUGACCUUACUCUUAAGGAAAAGUUAGAAUACUAUCAAAGUUCUACACUUCAACUUAACUUUAUUGGAGAAAGUAAAUUAGAGGGAAUUCUUGUUUUAGCAUUUGUUUCCAGCUUAAUUAAAUGUAUUACUCAAUCUGAGAAAGAUGAUCUUCAGAAAUAUAUCAUCCAAAACAUUUUAAAUAAAAAUUCAGUUUCAGAUCUUGAGAUUGGAGUAAAAUAUUUAGUGGAUUGGAUCAUCCCUUCAUUUAUCAAUAAGAUUUUAUUAGGAGUUGCAGGAGCAGGUAGUGGUGGUGGAGUAAAGUUACUUAAUACAAGAGAGAACUUAUUUUUAAAUAUCUCAAAUUUGGCCAUUUUGAUUAAUUUAUCAAAAAGGUUAUCUCUUAUUACUGAAAUCAUUGUCUCAAAUUCAGUAGAAUCUCAAUUAAAGGACACUGGUGAAUUUUUAAUUAAUAUGAUAAAACAAAUCAUAUACCAAUCUUUUCCAGAUCUUGGUAAUAUAUUGAGUUUACUGAGACAUUAUUUUAAGAAUGGAGAUCAAAAAGAAGAUCAUCAAAAUCACAUAAACAACUUCUUUUUAAAAAGAGACCAUUAUACUAAUGCUUAUGAUUUAAAACAAAGUUUGAGGGAUACUAAUUAUUCUUCUGAUCAGAAUAGUACUAGUGUUAUUGGAAAAGAGUAUAUAGAACAUAAUGAUCAUAAUGAAGAUCAAGAUGAAGAUGAAGAUGAUGGGAUGUUUAUCAAUAUAAUUGCAUCAAAGAGUCCUAAUAGAAAGGAUAAGAAGAUUAAGAUUGAAGAUCAAUCAAAUGAAAAUGAGGAAGAUAUUAGUAUCAAAUAUCUCUCAGUAGAUACCAAAGAAGUAGAAAGAAAGAAUUUUUAUUCAAAUAUGAUCAUUUUUCAAUACAUUAAAGCUUGCAUAAACUCUAAAGUUAUAAUAAAGGAACAAAAUCAAGAUUUAUUGAAAUGCAAAUUUGAAAUUAUAGAGGUCAUUUUUGGAGCUAUGAAAACAAUUUUAAAGAGUUUUGGAAACGAAUUUCUACUAAGUAUGGGAUAUAAGUUUGACAAUACAAAACUUAUUUUAGAUCAAGUAUAUAGAGAAACCUAUCUAAAUGAUGAGUUUUUGGCCAACUUAACCAUUUUAGAGUACAAGAGAUUUUUUGAUCAUUAUAUUUAUAAGAUUAUUUUGUAUUCUCUAAACAUUAAAGGACUUAAAUAUGACUGGAAUUGUAAUAAAUUACUUUUAUUCAAGUUUCUUGAGAAUUUAAUCUCUAUUAUUCAAUAUUACCAGACUAAUUCCAAUCAAAAUCCAAGAGGAUCUAUUCAUGAUACUAGUAAUUGUAAUAUUAGUUUUAUAGUCAAGUAUUUAACAAGUAUGUGGAUCUCAAUUGUAAGUAAGUUAAAUACUUCAAGACAAAACAGUUUAUUUUAUUACUUGGAUAAUAUAAAUAUUGAGAAAAGAGAUGAUAUCAAAAUAAAAAACAGUUUUCCUACUCUGGAUUUGAACCUUUUAUAUUUUCAACUUAAACUAAUAUUACUAGUAAACAAAACUUUGUAUAAUUAUGAGAUAUUAAUUCAAGGAUUUUUUCAGGAUUAUAUCCAAGAAGGAAAACUUAGUAAAGAAUUCUUAGAAAGAAACAUGGAUUUGAUUAUAUUAUUAUUACUUGUUAAUUCUUUAGGUAAACAUUUAACUAAAGAUCAACAAAGUGUUGAAAACCAAAAAUAUGAAUUACUAAUUAAUAUUAUAAAUUUCAAGGGAAUACUUGGUCAGUUUAAGUUAGAUUUGAAUUCAAUAGAUAAGAACAAAUUAUUUGAUUUUAUUGAUAUUAAUGAUUAUAUAGUUCAAGUAAUUGAAAAAAGGUUAAGAUUUGAAUUACUGGAUAUACAAAAUAAUAACUCAUUAGAUUCUGAUAUUCGAAUUAAAUCAAUAAAUACUUUACUAGGAAAUGUUUUUAACAAUUGGAUACAUAAGGAUGAGGUAAGAUGUAAAAUCUUGAAAGGAUUUGAGAAUAAUAAUAAGAAAAUGAUUAAAUAUCAAGUUAGUUUUAUGAAUAAUAUGGAAUAUUAUUAUAAGUUAUUAUGUGAAACAGGAUUUCAAACAGAAUUUGAUAUAAGUGAAAUUAUUUUUGGUUUUAUUGAAAUGUCUUUACUUUUAAUGGAUAAAAAAGAGGAGCAAAGAGAAGAAUUGAAUGAAAUUGAUUAUAUGAUCAAAAUGAAUAUUUUGGAGUUAAAUUAUUAUCAAAUGUGUGUUUUUAACUCAAAAUAUGAAGGAAAUAAUAUAAAAAAACAAGUUUUUGAAAGUUUUAUCAUUUUUAAAGAUGAUAAAUAUUCUAUAAAGAUUGAAGAAUUCUUAAAAGGCUUGGCAAUAGUAAUUAGAGAUUUAGGGUUGAGAGAAGGAGAAGAGAGAGUAAGAUUAUUGAUUAUUUCUUUUUUGGAUAUAUAUAUUAAAUUAAGAAUUAAUAAUAAACUUCUUUUUAAUUUAUUAUUUUCUAUUGAUUUAAAUAUUAAAGAAAUAAUUAACAAUGGAAAUAUUGAAAUAAUAACUGACAAAAAACAGAAUUAUAGUUUAAGUGGAUAUUUAAUAGACACUAUAUUAGAUAAUAUAACAAAUUAUGAGUUAGUAUCAUUAACUAGAGAACUUAUUUUAAAAGAUAAAGAGGAAAAAGAGAGAAUUUUUGGGUUCUCUAGAAUCAUUUUUUUGUCUAGAUUGAUAGAAAAGUUGUUUCAAGUAUACACCUAUAUGAUGGAAGAAGAAGAGGAAAAAGAACAAAAACGAGCAGAAGAAGGGGUUCAAGGAAGAACAGAAAGAGAGUUUCAAGAAAAAACACAAGAAAAUAAGAAUGCUUUUGAGUACUUUACGUUGUCUUUUGUGGACUUAAUAAGGAUUUUUAUAGAUACUGAUAUCUUAAAACAUUAUAAAGUAAGGUUAUAUAGUAUUAAGAAUGAGAAGAAAGAUAAUUAUGGGAAUGGUUUGGAAUUAAAUAUACCAAUAGAGAUUUUUGGAUUUAGAAGACAAUUUAGAAGAAAUAAUGGAUUAUUAGUUCGAGUAUUUAUGUAUAUCAUGGUGUAUUUGUUUCCUUAUGUCUAUUUAAGAGCAGAAAAAUUGGAAAUAAUGGGAAUAAAAGACAUAAAUAAGAAUCAAGAGGUUGCAAAUAGUGAAUAUUACAGAAACCAAUUAGGAGUAAUGGACUUAGAGUCUAUCCCUAUUGGAUAUAAGUUAAUUUUGAUUUUGGAUCAUCUAGAAUUAAAUAAGUUAGUAGUUAGAAGAGAGAAAGAGUUUUUUGGAGGUCAAUUUUCUUUGGAUUUGGAAUUAGCUAUAAUAAAAAGUGCAACAAAAGAACUUAUUGAUUUGUUUAAUUUCUAUGAGGAAUUCGAGCAAAAUGAAAACAAAGAAAAGGAUAAAGGUAAAGAGAAAAUGGAAGAUGAAAAGAUUCAAGAAGAUUUUGAUAAAAGGAUCUUUAAGAAGAUGUUAAAAUCAUUUAAAGUUUUUCCAAUAUUAAUAGGAGAACCUCAAAAAUCAAAAAUGAAAUUUUCUAUAGAAAAUGGAAAAAUAAUGUUAAGAAUUGAAGAUGAGAGAAAAAUGUUUUGGGAAAUAUUGGAUUUAUUGGUAUUCAAGAAUCAAGAAAGUAAGAAAAAAAUGAGUUUUGGAUGCAAAAGAAGGCAUAUUAUGGUUAACUCAAAUUUGAUUUUUACUUUUCUGAUUGAUUUAUAUUCUCAAUAUAAAAAUAAUAGAGAAAAAAAAGAGAAAUAUAAUAGUAAUGAUAAUACAUUAAUUAGUGAGAUAGUAUAUUUGGGUUAUUUACUACAUUAUGAGAGUUUUAAGAAAAGAAAAAAUCCAUCACAAGAAGAUCAAAAGAUGAUCAUAUCUAUAUUAAUAGAAUGUUAUAAUGUAAUAUUAUUAAAAUUUCAGACUUUAUUUGGUAUAGAAAAUCAAUUGGAAAUAAAUCAUUAUUUAAGGUUAUACUAUUAUUAUAUUAUAUUAGUACCGGUAUUAAUGGACAGAUUAAAUAAUCCAAUAUAUUAUUGUUUAAGGAGUUAUUUAAUUCAAUUAAGAGAGGAGAAAUGUAAAGAAAUAGGAUUAAUAGAAAAAAAGUAUUUGAAUUUUAUUUUGGAUUAUGAUUUAAAUGAAUCAUUUUAUGAAUUAUUAAUUCAAAUAAAAGAAAUAAAGGAAUAUCAAAAUAAAUAUCCAAUAGGUUUUAUAGAAUCAAGCAAAACUUUUAUAAACAAUAGUAAACAUAUUUUGGAUAGUUAUGGUAAUAAUAAAGAAUCAGAUUUUCUUUUAAUUAUAUUAUUAGCAAGUACUUUGUAUAUAGCAAAAAUUAAACAGAUGAGAUUUUUCCAAUAUAGAAAAAGUAUAUAUAAUAAAUUGAGUAAUUUUGUAUUACUAAAAUUGAAUCGUAUUUUGGUAUUUUUAAAUAAGAUACAUGAGAUAUUAUUUGAAUAUUUAAAGAAAGAUGAUUUAAGCACUGAUAAUAAUUCAAGAAAUAUGAUUGUAAUAUUUAUUUUUAUAGAGUAUUUGUUAAUAUUAAAAGAAGAUGGAAAUAGUUCAAGUACUAAUAGUAGUGAUAAGAUAUUAGAUGAGAGUUUAAUAGAUUUAGAAAAGAAUCAAAGAGUGAAUUUAUUAAUUUCAAAAGAGUAUAUAAUGGAUUAUUUAAAGAUAACAAAGAUUGGUAAAUUUCAAUCUGAUAGUUUAUAUUACAAGAUUUUAAAUGAAUCUAAAAUAGAUAGAAAUAAUGAGGAAUAUUUUGAAAAUGAGGAUUAUAAUAUAAAUUGUAAAGAAUUUAAAAGUUUGAUAUUAGCAAAUCAUAAUAUAUUUUUGGUUAAUAAUAAAUUAAAGGAGACAUUAAUAGGCGAAGAAGAUAAAGGAGGAAUAAGACAAGAUAAGGAUGAUGGAGAGAGAAAUAAUAUAAAUGAUAAUGAAGAAGAAGCAAGGAAUAAUAGAGUAAAAGAAAGGAUGAGAUUAGUAAAAUAUUGGUAUCAUUAUUAUUCAAUUUAUUUGAAUAAUAAUUAUAUAGAUUUUGAUAAUAAACAUAUUUCAGAAUUUAAUUGGUUAAAUCCAAAUUUGAAGAGAUUAAAAUAUACUUUAAAUGAUUUUCCAUAUAAUUCAAAGUUGAUGAAAAAUUCAGAUUUAACUUUUAAUUUGAAUGAUGGAAGACCAGAGAACGAUUAUAUUUAUGAUUUAGGACUUAUAAUUCCAAUAAUUAAUUCAAGAUUUAAGUUAGCUUACUCAAUAUUAAGAGAGAGAGGUUUUCAGAAUUCAAAGAAUAAGAAUUUAGGUAAUGAUAACAGAGAAGAAAAUAAUAAGGAGUUGAUUGGAGAUACAGAUAAUCAAGAAGUAGGAGGAGAUACUCGAACUUGUUCAGGUUUUGUGAAGGAUUACGGUCAAUUAAGUGGGUCACGAUUUUUUAACAAUGUGAUAGAUAAUAACUUUAUUUGGUUGAGAAAUUUUUGUAAAAAUGGAUCUCUUCAAUUACUAAUAAAUUCUUUAUCUUGUACAGAUAUUUCCUUAAGGUACUAUUCUUACCAAACCUUGAGUUUACUUUAUGAAAUUGUGAGCUUUCACUAUAAUAAAUAUCUCCAGAGGUUGAGGGAGCAGGAGCAGGAUGAGCAUGAACGAGAGGAGCAGGAACAAGAUGAGGGGGAACAGAAUGAGCAGGAGCAUGAUGAACAGGAAGAGGAAGAACAGGAGCAGGAUGAACAGGAACAGGAUGAACAGGAACAGGAUGAACGGGAAGAGGAUGAACAGGAACAGGGCGAACAAAAACAGGAGGAAAAAAUAGAGGUUAUAAAUAAGAAGAAGAGAAACAAAAAACAGAGAAAGAAACACAUAAGAUAUAUAUUCAAAGAGCUUCCUCAGAUAUUUAUGAUUUUGAAUACAUUAAAAAACACAGUAUCGGGAACAUUGGUGAAUGAGAACCAAGAAAUAGAAAUUGAAGAAAAAGACGAGAACUCUGAUAAAAUGAUUAAAGAGACAGAAAGCAAGCAUGAGGAUUGCAUCAGAUUAUCAUCUUUUCUGACAAGAUUUAUAUCAGAUUCUAUUGAGGUUAUAUUUGAACCUGAAAAUAAAUUAUUUAAACAAAUUAACUACUUUAUAUUAUCCAGGCCAUUUUUGGACAGAUAUGAUAUUCCUAUGGUAUUUAAUUUUUUGUAUUCAGAAAAUGCAAAUGACCAUUACAUACACAAAUCUUUUAUAUUUAAUGAAUUAGAGACAAGCAUUAAAAUAUUGAGAUAUUUAAAAAAUGUUAAAGGUUUAGAACUAGAGCAAGAACAUGAUUCUAUAAAUAGAAGAUUCAUUUUUCCUCUUUUAUUGAAUUAUAUAAAAACAAAUAAUAUAUAUUCUCAGCAUAAUUACUUUGAGAAUACUAUACAUAUUUUAAAUAUAAUACUAAAUAUGAUUAAUAAUAAAGAGUCAAAUAUUAUUUAUCACAAUCUUGAGAAUAUUGAUCAAGAUAUAGAUUUACAGAUUAAACAAAAUUUAACACAGGAUUUGAAUUUGGAAUCUGAAAUGAAAUCUAUGAAAAUAAUUAAUAAUUCUCUUACAUUUUCAAAUCCAAAUGUUGAAAUAUUACUUAAAGAUAAGGUAAAUAGAAGCAUAAGUAAAGUAAAUCAAGCUAAUAACUUACCUUCUUCUGUGACUUUAAUAAUACAAAUGAUUAAUCAAUAUUCACUAUUAGACUUUAUAAGAAAUUUAAUACAACAGAUUUCAAUUUCUAAUUAUAAUAAAUUAAAUAAUAAUAAACAUUUUAAGGAAAUGAUUCAGUUAUUAGUUAAUAUAUUACUAGUAAUUACUGGUAAUAUAUUCAAUGGAAAUUAUGAUGAAAAUUAUAAAGGAGGAAUUUUUUACAAGCUUAAGUAUUAUAAUAAUGAUAAUUUGAAUAAAACAAUUUUGAAGUUUCUUGGAGGUUAUAGUAAUUCUUAUUGGGUAUUCCAAAAGCUUUUAACAUGUAUUAGGUUGGCAUCUAAUCCAAAGAUUUCAAAAUUUUAUGAUUCAAAUAUGUUUUCAAAUAUAUAUUACAUUUGGUUUAAUUCUUAUAUUGGACUACUUUACUGUAAUAAAUAUUUAUUCAAAGAUAUUGAAAAUCCAAAACUUUUUAAUGAACUUAUUUUUGAUUAUCAAGAAUUUCUAUCUAGUUAUUUUCAGAACCUUAUUAAUCUAAAUUAA